AUGCGUGCAUACAAUACCGACACUACAGGCGACGGUCUCUUGAAGGAUCUUUCUGGAGAGAUCAAGGGAAAGGCCAUUCUUACCACCGGCGUCUCUCCCGGUACCUUGGGAGGUUUCUUUGUUGAGACAAUCGCCAAAGCUCAACCUGCAACACUAAUUCUCGCCGGUCGCAAUGAAGAAAGAACACAAAGAACCGCCAGCGCAAUUCAAGCAGCAUAUCCCGAGAUAAAAGUCUAUACUCUUCAGCUUAAUCUCAGUUCCUUAGCCGCUGUUCGAGAGGCAGCCGCCACUGUCAACUCGUGGCAACACACUCCUGCCAUUGACGUCGUUGUAAAUAAUGCCGGACUAAUGGCGACCGAUUUCUCCCUAACAGUCGAUGGAUACGAGACCCAGUUUGCAAGCAAUCAUUUGGGACACUUUUUAUUCACAAAUCUUAUUAUGGGAAAGCUCUUGGCUUCGAAAUCUCCCCGUGUCGUCAAUGUUUCCAGCGAUGGCCACCGUCUCAGUCCUAUCCGAUGGGCCGAUUAUAAUUUUCGUAAUGGCGAAACAUACAACAGAUGGCGCGCAUAUGGCCAAUCAAAAACAGCAAACAUCCUGAUGGCGAUAUCUUUAGCGGAGAAGCUGGGAUCUAAACACGGAUUAACAGCUUUCAGCCUUCAUCCAGGCGUGAUAAGCACGAGUUUAGGCGCACAUCUCGACUUUUCAGUCGAAUUGGGCGAGCUGGCUGCGGUCGAUAAGUCGCUUGGAAAUGCUGAGGGAUGGGCCGAUCUCAAAUGGAAGUCGCCGGAAAGAGGCGUGGCCACUCACAUUUAUGCGGCUUUCGAACCGAGUCUAAAAGAGCAAAACGGCGCAUACUUGGAAGAUUCACAUGUCGCGGAUCCGUAUACAAACACCGUUAAGCCAUGGGCUACAAGCAGUAUAGAAGCUGAUCGUCUCUGGAAACUAAGCGAAAAGCUCGUUGGUCAGGAGUUUCAAUACUAA